CGCCAACUUUUCAAAAUUGAGACCAAGCAAGCAAGAUGGAGGUCGCCUCGUCGAUGCAGACGCUCAUUGACAAUGUCAAUGCGGCGGAGCCCAACUUUGCAGAGAGCGUUCGCCGCGCAGAGGACUGUGACGAGAACAUCGAGUCUGAACUUCAAAUGGCCAAGGAUCACAUGUCCAAGCUCAAGUUCAACUUUGUGGAGAUGAAGACAAAAGCUGGCUUUCUGGACAAGCUGGGAACGUACGAGAUUGGCUCCACGCCAGCGUGCGGUGUGAGUGAAGAGGACAAAACAGAGACAAAGGCGCAAGUGCAGAGCAUCAAGGCAGCCAACAGAGACUUGCAAGACGCCAUCCAGGAAACAGCACACGCCGUCCUGGACAAGCGAGACGAAUUCCAACAACAAAGCGCGGAUGCACUUUCAAUGAUGGAAAAGUUCAAGGCAUUGGAGCAACGUGUACAGGAGAAACGGGAGCGUUUGCGACAGCAGCAAGAGCGACUUGGACAAGAAAACUCGCAGCCGCUCUCACACGAGAAUGUGGAGUCGUUGCAGUCGCAGGUGGACACGUGUCGCCAGCGUAUUGAGGAGCAGAGGGAUUUCGCGCGUGUGCACAGCGAUAAAGUUGAGGCGUGCAAGGCCACACUCCAACAAGCAACCACGCGCAAGGAACAACUGCAAGCUGAGGUGGAGGCGUGUGCAGGACACGUGGCGGCCGCGCUCAACCAGAAGCGGGCAGAUGUGCUUGCAGCCGUCAGCACCGUCAGCAAACUCGCCGGCGCAGAGAUUCUCUCUGUUUCUGCGACAGCGGUGGAGGUGAAGCUCUCUGUGCUGAGCGGGCGAACCUCUUCCAGGCGCCACGUGCACAUUACCCGCCAAGAGGACACAGGCAUCAUCACACAGAUCUUGCUGGACGGCAGCAGCGCGUAUUCAAAGGCCCUGCUGGCUGCGCUGUAUCGAACUGGCGCCACCACCAGUGUUCGCGUCACCCUGGCACUUGUUCGUCAAAUGCUCUCUGCGCCCGCAGAUGCAUGAGCGUGCUUACUUUGGGACGCUCUGAUUGUGUAUUGUGUGCGUGUGUGUUGUGUGCUGCUUUGUGUUGUACUCUGCCGCCAUUCCUAGCCUGCACGUUUCAUCAUCCUUCAUCACCUGACUGACUUGUGUUAACCGAAACCCCACUGCUUUCGUUCCCAGAAAAAUCACAACUUUUCACAUGUGUGUCCACGUGCGUGCAUUCCGUAACCCUUGCCUUUGGCAAUUCAUUGAAACGCGACCACAGGCAAACACGCAAGACAUGAACAUUGGCGUGCACGCACGCACGCACGCACGCACGCACGCAAGAACAUGAACACAAUCGAUUAAAGAGGUGAAGAG